GAAACCAAUUCCUCCUCUUGCCAAACCAACUCUUCCAUCAACAUCUCCCCUCUUCCAUACUCCUCAGCUCAGCAACAAAUACCAUCUGCAUCGACAAGAGACACCCUACCGAGUUCUCUUUUUCACCCAGCUUCAUUUUAUCUAUACCCCCUUUUUCAAGGAAGUUUUCAGCAAAGGCAGAGUUUAUGUCCAUCGAAAACCUCAAGACCUUCGACCCCUUCGCCGAAGCCGACGAAGAUACCGGUGAGACUAAACAGUCUCAAAAUUACAUUCAUAUACGAAUUCAACAGCGCAAUGGUCGUAAGACAUUGACCACCGUUCAGGGUCUUCCAAAGAAGUUUGAUCAGAAGAAGAUUCUCAAGGUCAUCAAGAAGAAAUUCGCUUGCAAUGGCACCAUUGUCAAUGACAGUGAGAUGGGGGAGGUGAUCCAGCUGCAGGGUGAUCAGCGCAAAGAUGUUCAGGAAUUUUUGGUCGAUAAGAAAGAGGGCUUAGAACUCGACGCCAAGACCAUCAAGGUAUGUUUUUCUGCUUCUGGCGAGUAAUUUACGUUCGUGCUAACUUCCUCAGGUCCAUGGGUUCUAGAAUCACGCGCCGUGCUGUUUCGGUCCUUCUCGACAGAUCUACCCCUUGAGGAUACGAUGGAACUGCUUCGUCGCGUCGCUUGUCGAUGAUUCAAUCCUCAUUCUUAGUGUUUCGCUUGACGAGUAUCCUUUUUCGGAGACAGGCACGAUGUUUCUGUCAAGUUAAUUCAUAUUCGACUAGCGAUUCCCAACGGAUGGGUUCAUGAUCUGCUCUUUGACUUAUCGAACAUGGGAAAAGCUUUUUCUCAAAUGGCGACUCAUCCGAGGUCACCUUCCUGGUGAUCUUCGGACUGAAACCGUUUGUUUCUUUUUUUCUCAUGAUUUGAUGAUUCUGCUUUCAGGGAAGGAAGUACUGGAACAUGGCGUUGAAGAUACCCAUAGAUGACGUUGCUUGACUUUCGUUAUUGUUUCUUUUCUUUCUGCGUGUAUGUCUUAGCAUCGUGGAUGCUCUUGAUUACAAUUGGAAGAAUUCUUAUCAUCUGGCUUGCAGAUUUUGUAAAGACCUGUAGUCUAUAGUAGUCUGAUAAACAUGAUUGG